CGAGCCCACAGCCGAGGGGUGAAAAAAAAAAAAAAACCAGACCCUCGUUAGCCCUGGGAAAACCUCUUGGUCUGCGCGUUUAUUCAAGCUCAUGGAGCUAUAACGUGCGCGUUAAGAAAUGUGCGGUUCCGGCGGAGGCUAAAAUGACAGGUAUACCGAACAUUGGGAUUUUUAAAGCUCCGCUAAACGAGCAGCUGGUGACGAGGCUUCAUUAGCGAGCUAACAGACGCUAGCACAGUGAAGUGGGUGAAAACUUCAAGCCUGGGAGAGAAUCUGCCAUUGGGAUCGAAAACCAGAAUACCUCCCUCUCUCUCCCGUCGUGUUUUUUCCCCUCGCCAGUGAGGUGUUUUGCAUCACUUCACAGCCGGUCCAGCUUCAUUGAAAUAAUCGCUUUGUUUACCGCUUGCACAAUUCCAGCAUUGAUUCGCGCAGAAAUGAGAUUAGAGAGUCGCUUUGUGAGGGCAGGCCAUGAACUCUGUAAGCACAUCAGACAAAACACAGAGCAGGCCUGUUAACUAGAGAUUUGUUUAUAUAAACUACUCCCGUUCGGCACUUAUUGGACUUCUCUGGGUUUCGCAGUGCUCGGAAAAGAAGAUUUGGGUCGGAGCUGCGGUUAUAGAUCAUGUUUUGCAUGGUGAAGACAGUGUCAAGAAUCGGAUGAAAGACUGUCGUGGAUUAUUAUCGCCUUCUUUUAAGUUGUGGGAUUUGAGUAUACGGACAAUUAGAGGAAUAAGAUGUCUAGUGCAAAAGAAAACACAUGUAGGAAAUUUCAAGCGAACAUUUUCAACAAAAGCAAAUGUCAGAACUGCUUCAAGCCUCGCGAGCUGCAUCUGCUGACGGAUCAGGAUCUCAACCAGGCCAAACCAAUCUAUGGCGGAUGGCUGUGUUUGGCUCCGGAGGGGACAGAUUUUGACAAUCCAAUGCAGAGAUCCAGGAAAUGGCAACGGCGAUUCUUUGUCCUUUAUGAACAUGGCUGCUUGCGCUUCGCGUUGGAUGAAUCACCAAGUACACUCCCGCAAGGAACUGUCAACAUGAACCUCUGCACAGACGUGAUAGAUGCUGAGCCCAGGACAGGGCAGAAGAAUGCGCUGUGCAUCAUCACCCCUGAGCAGGAGUACUACAUUCGAGGAGAUAGCAAAGAGAUCAUCAAUGGAUGGAGUGAACAGCUAGUGGUUUAUCCAAGGACCAACAAGCAAAAUCAAAAGAAGAAGCGUAAAGUGGAACCUGCAACCUCACAGGAGCCUGGGCCAGCUAAGGUAGCAGUGACUGGCUCAGGCAUCCCUGAUGCAGAGAAGGCUCCAGACUCCAGUUCUAUCAUAUGGCAAGAGGAGCUGCAAAGCAGAGAGACGGAUGUGUCCCAGACACGGUCUGCUAGUGAAAUGGCACCACUUGGCUCACCAAUGCCCUCUGCAGGUGAGGGGUCAAUGUUGAGUCGAUGUUCAGAUCAGAGUUCUGUGAACGGUGACGAGGUGGACCGGAGCGGGCUCUCCUUCCACUCUGCUGUUUCCCAGCCCUCUCAUGACCCCCUGUCCCCCACAGGCAGCUCAUCCAGCAGGCACAGUGGAGAGCUGGGGGGCAUCCCUCGCUGCCUCUCCCCUGCUCCCAGCGACCCCUUCCCAUCAGGCAGCAGCCUGCUGUCUAACGGUUCCCACAUUAGCGGCUCCAUGAGUUCUCUGGACUCCGAUGCUAGCGGCAGCACUGUCACCAGCAACGACAGCCACCCGGCUGAACCACUAGGCCGUGCUCAUCGUGCUCUGCCCCGCCGCAGUGAUACAGAGGCACGCAAGGCGGAGAAACGGAGCCGCCUUCGCAGUCCAGAAAGACAGGACAAAGAGCUUGUCUUCAGCCCUGAGAGAAGUGGGCGUUCAAAUGUGAUUGAGAAGUUGGAGGCAUUGGAGCUGGAGCAUGCUGAGAGAAUGGAGGUGGAUGAGACGAGCCACAGUGGAGUCAGACAGGGCCGCAGUGAAAUGAGACGAUUCCAACGGGAGGAGCAGAAGCUGGACCCAGCACAAGGUUUAGAUUUCCAUCACUCUGCACUGCCACCACUGAGGAGAGCCAAAUCACUGGACCGCAGGACUACCGAAUCAGUCAUGACACCAGACUUGCUGAACUUCAAGAAAGGUUGGAUGGUGAAACUUGAUGAACAAGGCCAGUGGAAGAAGUAUUGGUUUGUGCUGACAGAUCACAGUCUACGAUACUACAAGGAUUCUAUUGCUGAAGAGGCAUCUGAUCUUGAUGGAGAAAUUGAGCUCAGUACAUGCUAUAAUGUUACAGAGUAUCAAGCUCAACGGAACUAUGGCUUCCAGAUUCACACUCAAGAAGGGGUGCAUACUCUCUCUGCCAUGACUGCAGGAAUACGACGCAACUGGAUCCAAGCAGUCAUGAAAAAUGUCCGGCCAUCCACCGCCCCAGAUGUUGCUAGCCUGACGGAUGACCAUGGUUCUUGUGGACCUUUUGAGAGUCUAGCCCGGCCUGAUAUCACUCAGGACUCCCUGUCCUCCGAGGCGUCCUCGGUAGAGCGGGACAUUGGAGUAAAGAAGAGCCGGGCGAGGGAACGGAGGCGCGAAGGACGGUCCAAAACUUUUGACUGGGCUGAGUUUCGUCCUAUCGCUCAGGCUCUGGCACAGCAGAGAGCGCAUGAGGCGGACACCUUGCAGGCCGAGCUAACCAAUGCCGAGCGCACCAAGAGGAGAGAAGAAAGGCGGAAGAGGUAUGAGAGUGUCACCGGCUCAUCUUUCGAUCCUGCCACUGACAGCGCAAAGAUGGACAUUGAGAGUGGGGGCGUGGUCCAGGUAGAUGCAUCGCCCCCACCUGUGGAAUGUCAGCAGAGGGUGGAGGAUGAGAUAGAGCAGCGCUGGCAACAGGUGGAGAAGACACCCAUCAGAGAAGAGAGGAGAGUGCCCUUGUCCUCAGCCCUUCAGACCAGAGACAUGACAGAGCUGGAGAAGCUAGUAGAGAGCUACAAAACAGGGGUUGAAGAGCUGAAAGCUCAGUUGGAGAGCUGCCACCAGCACUUGAUGGACUCCAAUCGGCACAAGCUAGAGCUGGAGGGUCAGCUCAAAAAUGCUCUCGAGAAGGAACAGCAAAUUCGUGCGGGUUACAUUUCACCGCUGGAGUCCCCUUUGAGUCUUGAGACAGAGCCCCAGAUGAAGAGGACAGAGCUGGCUACAUGUGAACGAGGCUUUGCUGCCAUGGAAGAGUCCCACCAGAAGGUGAUAGACGAGCUGCAGAAAAAGCACCAGCGGGAACUGGAGAAACUGCAGGAAGAAAAAGAAAGACUGCUGGCAGAGGAGACAGCAGCCACUAUAGCUGCUAUCGAAGCGAUGAAGAAUGCACAUCGGACGGAGCUCGGGAGGGAAUUGGAGAAAGCACGCAAGGCCAACAACAACACUGAAAAUGCAGACAUUGAGGAAAUCUGCAAGCAACACGAGGAAGAGCUGAUGUCGUACCACAGGGAGAUUGAGGUGUUAUCAGAACAGUACUCUCAAAAGUGCUUAGAGAAUGCACAUCUGGCCCAGGCACUUGAGGCCGAAAGACAGGCUCUCAGACAGUGCCAACGGGAGAACCAGGAACUUAAUGCACACAACCAGGAGCUAAACAACCGUCUGGCUGCUGAGAUCACUAAGAUGCGAUCAAUGACGAGUGAGGACGGCAUAGACACAGGCAGUGUCAUACAGGGAAAGGAGCUGUAUGAACUGGAGGUAAUGCUGAGGGUGAAAGAGUCAGAAGUGCAGUACCUGAAGCAAGAGAUAAACUCUUUAAAAGAUGAACUCCAAACUGCCCAUAGAGAUAAAAAAUAUGCAACAGAUAAAUACAAGGACAUCUACACAGAACUAAGCAUUGUAAGGGCCAAAGCCGAGCGAGAUCUAGGGCGACUUCGUGACCAGCUGCAGCAAGCCCAUGAGGCACUGGGAGAACCCACACUGGAGGAUGUGGAGCGUGGUGGUUAUGAUAUCAUGAAGUCAAAAAGCAAUCCAGACAUUUUAAAGAUGGCAGCCGCAGCUGCAAAACGCUCUGAGCGCACCAUGAGGUCAAAGAGUCUCAAGGAAGGUUUGACGGCUGAGCAGAGACUUCACUUGUUUGACAACAAGGAUACCAAGGACUUCUGAUAUUGAUGCAUCAACCUGCCUUGCUGCAUGUUAAUGAGACUCACCAUAUUUUAGCCCAGUAAUUAAUCACUUAGAAACACACUGGUCACAGCAUACGGCAAAUAUUAAACAUGGUAUGAAGUUUGAAUUUUAUGUCUAUAGUCUGCAUUUCAUGCACUUCAGUUACUGUGACAUUUUCUUUUGUUUUUGUUUCAUUGCCAUGUCUUAAUGUAAAUACUUUGUUUUUAAUGAAGCAUCUAUCAUGCAUACACUAAACAUGACUGUGUAAGCUACUGUUUUAACUUUAGUUUGUGUGAAUCGCCAGUGAAAUAAGGAACUAUAAUGACUCGAGACUACAGAUUAUUGGCACAUUAUAUGCAAUUAACAAACGCUAGAAAUCAUCAUGCCUUAAGGCUUGCGUAUUACACUAGAUGUGGUCAGUAUGCACAUUCUCUCCAGUUCUUUAUUGUUUUAGUUAAAUGGGACAGCUGGCUGAGUAAAAUAGCCUCAGUUAGACAACACAACGCUUGCUUCAUUUAACUGCUGACCUUCUGUAUGCUGACACUGCUUUAGUGUCUAAAGUGUUGGCAUAUAAGUGUUGAUUUGCCAUCUCUGGAUGUUUUAAAUAAAGUAGCAUUUAUUAUACAAUAAUACCUGUUAGGACAUAAAAAGAUUACACCUGGAGGAGUUUGGGCUGGUGUAAAGUAUUUCAUUUAUAUAAUGUUUCCAUUAUAAAAUAAUAAUGGUCCACUCAAGUGAAUGGGAGUUUUGAUUUUUGUUUUUGGAUAAUGUUUCCUCAAGCUGAUGAAAGUCUGUAGUGUUGUGCAGUGGCAGUCCUUUGUAUUUAUUUAAAUGUUAUGGAUUUUUGUCUCACAUUUCCGUUCCUCUAUACAUUAUUGUAAAUAUACUGCAAAUGUACACAAACUGACAACAGGUUUAUUAGCAAUAAAUAUUUUUGCACCCUU